UUCGGAAGAAUAUUCACCAUGAUCGCCCGGCACGCAACGGCAGCACUGUCGCUGCUCCUGGUUCUCCACUCACCCGCGGUGCAAAGCGCUGGGCCAGACAGCAACAUUGACGCGAGGCCUCGCACUUUCGGACCGCUGCUAGGCAACCUUGGCAGCGCUCUGCUGGGAGGACUCAGCAGCCUCUUAACAGACGAAGAUGACUUUGCGCCCCUUGCACAGUACUACGUCCCAUCUUACAACCCCUUCCCCUUCAACAGACCCAUCUACAACCCUUACUAUGGACAGUUUAACCCUUACGGAUACGGGUACGGAAACUCGGCUUUCGGGUAUCCAUUUUUUCGAAACGCAAGGAACAAGUAGCUGACUAAAAGACGACAACAGUACUACGUAAACUGAGGCCCACGGGUCGGAUAUGACUCUUGAUAAGUAGCUACCCAUAUCUAAAGAAAGAAACCAUAGUAAUGAAGUAAUUAUAAAAAAAUAUUUGUUGCAAACAGUCUCUUGACUGGCCGGCAAAUGAUAUUUGUUAUUCGCAGAUUAAAAACCUUGUCAUGAAUUGUUAAAAAUGAAGUCACUGCGGAUAGUAUGCUUGUGGAAGGGGAAAAUAUAUGGAAACUCCACGUUUCCUUGGUGAACGCCCUCAAAAGCAAGAUGACUUCAGAAUUACUUUAGAUGCUGUACAAUUCUGACUAUUCACGCUAGUUUCUUAGCGUCCCAGUCAAAGAUUCUAAUAAACCAGUCAGCAGUCCUCUUACUGACUUAUUCUCGUCUUCCUGUCGUUAAUAUACUACGUCCUCAAGCCUCCAGUGUUAACCUUGACACAGAUUUUGUUCAGAUACAUCGCAUAUACUCUACAUCUGAAUGUGUGUAUCAUUUUAAUGAUGUUUUGAAUAACUUAAACUUCAUUACAUGUAACUGCAUUAUGAUAUGUGUCAAAUAAAAUUACGUUUCAAUUAAGCCAAUUACUGCCAUAUUUACCACUGACUUGGCAAUCAAUUCUGUAAGCACUUUGUAACACUUCGCUAUGGGUUUAGCAAAUUCAUAAACCUUAUAACAAUAUUUAAUGAAACCCAUUUUAAGCAGUAGCAGUUCUAGAAAUAAACCGUUCACGUAAUGUAAUAUACAGCUGGAAAGAAAUUAACAGAAUUUUCUGGCAAGAGGUU